AUGGGAUGUUGUUGGCCAAAAAUCACCGUUACUCCUCCAGCACCAGAAGACGUCGACUCAUCCGUCCAGAACUCCGUCCCACCACAAUCUCCUGGCCGUCUCCAACUUCCACCAUCUCCACCGCCGCAAUCCUCAGGUUCUACUACUAACACGUCACCUCAACGUCCACAGUUUCGGGUACAGAUUCCAGGAUGUCACUGGUCAACCCACUAA